AUACCGAAAACACCGACAUUCAUAUUUCAGCAACCCAAGCUAAGAGGUGAAUACGUUGUGUGUAGAGAAAAUGGAAAGAAUUACAUGUGAAGUUCACGGUUGUAACUGUAUGUUAAAAACCGGCGUAAAAGAUGGACCGAGUAAAGGCAAAAGCUUCUACAUGUGCGUUGACAAGCAAGGCUGUAAUUUCACUCAGAUGACCAGCAUCCCACCGUCACACUGCCUCCAUCAUGAAGACUCAAUGGUGGAACUGCAAGCGCUCAGCUUCAAUCAGCAGCAGCAGAUCCACAGGUUGUUCUUUCGUUGUGUUGCUGGUAAAAAAGCAGGCCAGAGGUGGUGUGGAAAUAUUCCUUGGGCUUCGCCAGAAAAAGAAAACAGAACACCCGACACACAGCUUCGGUCCUCCCUCCUCUCACCCGUCCGAAACCCCUUUAAGGCCCUGUCGUGCAAGCUGGACGGGGACAGUGAAGAGAGACAGACAAGUGAAGGAAGAGAAAGUGUGGCGAGCAGAGGGGCAGGAGUGGAGGAAGAGGAGGAGGAAGAAGAAGAAGAAGAUGAUGAUGAGGAGGAGGGAGAGAAGUCAAAUACUUACCGAGGGAAACAACUUCCACCAGGCAUGAAGGUGAAGAAGAGAGUCUCAGAUGAGGAGAACGGUGUGGAGAAAAUGGCAGAAAAGAGUGACAAGAAUCACUCUAAGCAUGAGAAAACUAGAAGCUCUCCUCCUUCCUCUACUGUCAAUCUUGAGAACAUGAAUAAGGAGACUCACAAGCAACCAAAUCCCACUGAAACACGCGCGGAGAAACAAGCAGAGCCGACUGUGAGAGACCGAGUCUCUAAAUCUUCACCCGGCAGCAAAACUGAGGCCCCCAGAGACUCUGUCUGCACCGUGGGCCCCGCAUCUGAUGACACACCAGCACAGUCUGAGUCCAGUCAGACACAUAAACACCAAGAUGAUGAUGAUGAUGAUGAUGAUGACGACGACGACGUCGUGUUGGUGUCAGUGAAACCUGCCGCUCAGAAAACUCCCCCAUCUGCUGCCGUACAAAAAACCCUCACCGCCUUCGCAGGGUUUCAGCCCGCGUCUAAGGUCAAAGUUCAACAGGGGAACACGAAAGGUCUGCACAGUCUGCUCUCAGCUCAGCUGCAGCAGAAAAAGGCCACUCUGUCUGUGGUGAAUGUGGCCGCUCUGCCAGACAAAGGAGAGAAGCUGAAGACUCAGGUCAAGGAGCUGGAGGACGCUCUGGAGUCUUUGCGUCUUACUGCUGCGUCUGAGCCGGAUUCUCAGGAGGAAGUCAGCAGCAGUGAAGCUCGUGCCGGCAGCAGUCACGCGAUGAAUCCGUUCAGCCGUCAGGGAGGAACCAUCCUGCUCCCUGCACCUCCUCCUGCCUCGGGCUCCUCACAACAACAGGCUUCUGGCGGCUCCCUGGGGCUCCAGCUGAGUCAGGGCUACACUCAGAUGUACGGAGUCAAUCCGCAGGUUCCGGCGUAUUACGGCGGCAGGAUGACCAACGACCGUCUGCUGGCGGUGAAAAACGCCACCAGUGAGACCAUCGACCACCUGCACAAGUCGCUGGAGUCCUGUCCGGACGGCGAGGCCGAAGUACCGGACCCAAAGGGCAUCAAGGUGACGCUCCUGCCCCAUCAGAGGAGAGCCUUGGCCUGGCUGAUGUGGAGAGAAGCUCAGAAUCCAUGUGGAGGAAUCCUGGCUGACGACAUGGGUCUCGGGAAAACGCUGACCAUGAUUUCUCUCAUCCUCGCAAAGAAGAAGAAGGCAAAGGAGGAGGAUGAGAAGAAGGAGGAGAAGAAGCUGGAGAAGUGGAUCUCCAAAACUGACCCCAGCAUCGUGGCGUCUAAAGGCACUCUGAUCAUUUGCCCCGCCUCCCUGAUUCACCACUGGAAGAAGGAGAUUGAGAGACACGUGAAGGCGGGGAAGCUGACCGUUUACCUUUACCACGGCCCCAACAGAGAGAGGAGCGCCAAAGUUCUGGCAGAGCAUGACGUGGUGGUGACCACGUACACGUUGGUCUCCAAGGAGAUUCCGGUCCAGAAGGAGGACGCGGACAAACCGGUCAAAGACUCCAGCGAGGUGCCGAAGCACGCGGCUCCUCUCCUGCGAGUGGCCUGGGCGCGCGUGGUUCUCGACGAGGCCCACAACAUCAAGAACCCCAAGGUGCAGACCUCCAUGGCCGCGUGUCAGCUGAGAGCCUGCGCUCGCUGGGCCGUCACGGGGACGCCCAUCCAGAACAACCUGCUGGACAUGUACUCGCUGCUCAAGUUUCUCCGCUGUUCCCCUUUUGACGAGUACAAAGUGUGGAAAGCUCAGGUGGACAACGGCUCGAACAGAGGCCGAGAGAGGCUGAACAUCCUGACCAGGACUCUGCUGCUGCGACGAACCAAAGACCAGACGGACUCCACAGGAAAACCACUGGUGUCUCUUCCCGAUCGAACCUGCGAAAUCCAUCGACUCAAGCUGUCCAAGGAUGAGCAGUCGGUGUACGACGUCGUCUUCGCCCAAUCCAGAUCCAUGCUGCAGAACUACCUGAAGAGGCAUGAAGGAAACGACGUGAACAAGGGGAGAAAGUCCACGUCCAAUCCCUUUGAUAAAGUGGCUCAGGAGUUUGCAGGAGUGUCGCAGCCUGGACCUGCUGCGUCCAGCUCACAGCAGGCGUCCAGCACCGUCCACAUCCUGUCUCUGCUGCUGCGCCUCAGACAGUGCUGCUGUCAUCUGUCCCUCCUCAAGAAGACUCUGGACUCGACGGAAUUGCAGGGCGACGGGAUCGUCUUGUCUCUGGAGGAGCAGCUCAACGCUCUGUCCCUCUCCUCCGGCCCCUCGCCGUCGGCCCCCGACCCCAAAGACACCGUGGCCCUCAACGGCACCCGCUUCUCCGCGCGGCUGUUUGAGGAGAACAGCGAGAGCAGCAAGAUCUCUUCUAUUGUCUCUGAGCUGAAGGCCAUCAGAGAGAAGGGUGACGAUCAGAAGAGCGUGAUCGUGUCUCAGUGGACCAGCAUGCUGCAGAUCGUAGCCGUUCACCUGCGUCACAUGGGCCUGAGAUACGGCGUCAUCGACGGCACCGUCAACCCCAAGCGCCGCAUGGACCUGGUGGAAGAAUUCAACACCAACGCAAAGGGACCACAGGUGAUGCUGGUUUCUCUCUGUGCUGGAGGAGUUGGACUCAACCUCAUUGGUGGGAAUCACCUCUUCCUCAUUGACAUGCACUGGAAUCCAGCUCUGGAGGAUCAGGCCUGCGACCGGAUCUACAGAGUUGGACAAAGGAAAGAUGUCACCAUCCAUAGGUUUGUGUGUGAGGACACGGUGGAGGAGAAGAUCUCCACGCUGCAGCUGAAGAAGAAGGAGCUGGCUCAGAACGUGCUGUCGGGAACAGGAAGCACCGUCACCAAACUCUCGCUGGCCGAUCUACGGAUCAUUUUUGGCGUCUGAGAUGCAGAACAGUCCUUCAUACAUGUCAUUUAAAAAAAAUGAAGGGUAUAAUUAUGGACACAUAUUGUAAUAACCUCAUAAAUGUGAGGUAACGGCUUCUCCAAAUUAAGACACUAGAGUUCAUUUGUUCUGUUUUCUGUUCUCAUUCGAACUACAUUUCAACGUGAUAUUAGGCUCAGUGUGCUUUUUCUUUAAUGGUUCUAUAAUUUCACGCCUUGUGUUUGUUUUUUUAAGUGUAGACACAAAGUACAACUGCAAACACUUACAUUCAGCAAGAAAUAUGCACUAAAGCAUCAUUUAAAGUCUACACACACCUCUAAAUAUACAUAUAUAUAUAUACAUAUAGUGUUUGUAUAUGUAUAAGGAAAUCUUAAACUGUAUUUUGGUAAAAUAUCACUUUACGGCACUUGCAUGUAUGCCACAUGCUGAUAAAUGUCUUAUUGUUUCAGUUGAAAAGAGAAUUUCCCUCUUUUUAAAUGUUUAAUGUCAGGUUGUUCUCCUUUAAAUAAAUUUGAUAUUUUCUUUCCGUGUCA